AUGCCCUCGUCUGCCAUGGUCCUCCCGGCCCAAACAAUGCAGGGCACUACUUCCCUUUCGGCUGGCGUAGACUCCACAUAUUGGGCUCAACCACAGGACUUCUCAUCCGACUCUGCGUCGCCUUUGUCGCCAUCGCAGGCUCUUCAUCUUUCACCAGCCACCAGCGCCACCACUCAUGGGAGCCUUGGUGGGAGUAUCAAUGGCGGUACCCCACCGGCGCAAACCCCGCAAUUUGACAGCGACAAGAGAGGGUCGCAGCAUGGACAGAAGAACAGCCAAAAGCCGUCAAACGACAGUCAAUCGAGAGCUUCUGUCGCUGUCGCAUGUGUGCCUUGUCGAAGUAGACACCUCAAGUGUGACGGUGGCGUUCGUUGCUCGAGAUGUAGGACUGAUAAUGUCGAAUGUACUUACAUCAAGUCACGGAGAGGCUGGAAGGGCAAGAGGAAGAACAAAGAAGAUGCCAGUGCACCUUUGGCUGUCAAUGGUCACAGCUCGAAUGAAGUCGCCAUCAGCAACAGCCAUCUGUCAUCACCAGAUUACUCAUAUAAUGGCGACACUGGCGCCAUAAAUCAACUCAGUCCAACCAAUGGGCUCAGUGUACGACCAGUUGCGCCUCCAGUUGCGCAGAUGAACCUCAAUGGGACCGCUCGCCUCAACCGCUUUGGUCACAUGGGACCUGAGACGGCUGUUCAGGCGUUUUACCACUAUUUUUACAAUUCACAUCCAUUCUGCCUACCAGAACAUAGAUUGCUGGAAGUAUUCCAGGACCGACAGGCACCACUACUCGAGUAUGCUGUUCAAUUCAUCGGUUCCAGUUUCAUUCCUUCUGUGCCUACAGAAAUGUACAAGGAGGUUCUCGAUCGCAAUAUCAACAGCGGAAACUAUUCACGAGACGCCUGGUCGGUACAAGCCCUCUUGCUCUUCGCCAUUGGACUACACGCACACAACGAGGUCCCACGAGCUGCCCAGAUCUUCGCCAUAGCGCAAAGUCUCUGCCUAGAUAUUGGCCUCCAUCGUAUAGAGUUUGCCCUCAUGCACGGAGAGGGUGACCCACAAUUGGAAGAAUGCUGGCGAAGAACAUGGUGGUCCAUGUUCACUGCCAACGGCAUGUUGACAGCUGUCAACCCAGGGGUGCAGUUCCGAUUGAAAGAUGUCGCAACUGAUGUCGGGCUACCAUGCGAGAAUGAGCAGUACUUCUCAGGUCAAAUCCCAUAUCCCAAUACCCUCCAAGACUACGACGACUCCGCCUUCCUUCCAACCCUCCCCGUCUUCAGCUCCUUCACCUACCUCAUUGACGCCAUACGCAUUCUCGGCAAAGUUUUCGAGUGUGCACGUCUUGACUCGACCUUCGAAUAUCACGCCGUCGAUGUGGUGGAUGGCUACCUCUGUAAUUGGCGGUUGCAUCUUCCCCCUUGCAAACUCGAUAUUGUCGAUAAUAACGGCCACGUCGACGAAGUGUUAUUCCAAGCACACAUGGUAAACGCGGGCAGCACCAUCAUGCUACACCGACCACGCAGCAACCUCGGUUUUGGCAGAGUCGAAGGCGUAAACAUCUGCGUACAGCCCGGCCAAGUCCUACUCCCCACCCAAACAAGGGAAAUCCACACGGCCAAAUGUCUCACUUCCGCUGAAAACAUCUCCUCACUCAUCCGUCUGCCUGGACAACUCCUCUACCAUACCCCCUUCUUCACAUGCGUCGUAGUCAUGGCAUCCGUGGUGCACCUCUCAUAUUGCAAUCUAUCCGCCUCGACGUUGGAACACUCCAACAAUACUCCAACACAUGGCCCAUUGCCAAUGUGGUCCUGGGCCAAGUCCGAGGUGUAG